CUUGGCCAGAAGCGACACCAUUUAUAUUUUCAGAUUGCAUGGCACAGCUGUGGGUCUCCAGAGGGACUCGCUUCCUGACGAGGAUCUUUCCACGGCGCGGCAGCGCUCCGGUACUGUAUUGCGAGUCGGUCGCGGGGCGGAGCCCUGGAGGAGAGACGCGCGGCAAUCCGAUUUAAACUCCGCCCCUCGGGGGACAAUAGGGGGGGUGCUUUUAGUGCUUCGAAGCGCCUCCGCUGUUGUAUCCCUCUGCGCGCUCAGUAGUAGAACGAACUCGGGCAGGUGAGCACGCCCGCGCCUCCCUCGGCCCGGAGAUGGGAGAGCCGCUUCAAACUUCGAGCGAGAGAGACCGGGCUAAGGCUGGAAGAGCCACGCGCCUUUUUGGCUGAAUGAAAUGAAAUAAAAACAAAACAGAAUCAAAGCAAAACCGUGAGCAAGGUUGGAGAAGAAGGAAAGAAAACGGGAGAGGGAAUCGGUUCAGUCACGGCAGACCGUGGUGCAACCCUCAUCUGUCCUGUUGUUCCGUGCAUGGGAAAGAAGCAAAGGAGAAGCGAUUCUCUUUGGUGACUAGAGCCACUCUAAGGCCACCGGGAGGACCAGGUCUUAUGUGAUAACCUGGAUUAUGAUUCCUGUCUCCACAAUUCAGGAGGUCUUCUCAGAUAUAUAAGGCUGCUCACCAUAGACAAGAAUUAAAGGGAGAAAAAGAUCCUCUUUUUUUAUCAUACCAUGAAAGGUUCUGCAGACUCCAAACAUCCAAACAGAAAAGGAGAGUGUUUUCCCCCUUCUUAUUCAAAUACCACUUCAAGUGCAUUCCACUGCCAAAGAAAUAAUACCUCAGGAGAAGCCUUGACUUUAUUUUGAAAUUUAACCUGCCUGCAGAGAAUAUGGGGCUAACGGGAGGAUCAAAAAUUAUGGAGAACUGGACAAGCCUAACGAAAAUGGAACUCUACUCUAGGCUGAACUUGCCAGGCCUUGCAAAACCUUACAGUGACCUGCCUGCUGACCCCAAACAAGAUCUGAAGGACAGCACCAAUUUGGUUGAGGUGCAGAUUGUCCUUAUCUGUGCCUACUGUGUUAUUAUUUUGCUAGGGUUAGUGGGCAACUCCUUGGUAAUUCACGUGGUGAUCAAGUUCAAGAGCAUGCGCACUGUGACUAACUUCUUCAUUGCCAACUUGGCAGUGGCCGAUCUGCUGGUGAACACACUCUGUCUGCCUUUCACCUUAGUUUACACAUUGCUGGGAGAAUGGAAGCUUGGCCCUGCACUGUGUCACCUUGUGCCUUAUGCCCAAGGCCUUGCAGUUCAGGUAUCUAUAGUUACUUUGACUGUGAUAGCCUUGGAUCGGCACCGCUGCAUUGUGUAUCACCUGGAGAGCAAAAUCUCCAAGAGAAUCAGCUUCUUAAUCAUUGGGGUGGCCUGGGGUGGCAGUGCUGUCUUGGCCAGUCCUCUGGCCAUCUUCCGGGAGUAUUUCUCCAUUGAGCUCAAUCAGGACUUAAAGAUGGUAGUCUGUGCUGAGGCCUGGCCCAGGGAAGGGCUGGUCAAUUUUGGGACCAUCUACAGCAUCUUAAUGCUCUUGAUCCAAUAUGUCUUGCCUCUGGUGAUCAUCUCCUAUGCUUAUAUCCGUAUCUGGAGUAAACUAAAGAGCCAUGCCAGUCCUGGGGCAGGGAAUGAUCACUACCACCAGAGGCGCCGGAAAACUACCAAGAUGCUGGUAUGUGUCGUGGUGGUGUUUGCGGUCUGCUGGCUGCCUUUUCACAUCUUCCAGCUUGUCAGUGAUAUAGACAGCAAAGUGAUGGUUCUGCAGGAAUACAAACUGAUCUACACGCUCUUUCAUGUCAUUGCGAUGUGCUCAACUUUUGCCAAUCCCCUCCUCUACGGCUGGAUGAAUAACAACUACAGAACAGCUUUCCUGACAGCCUUCCGGUGUGAACAGCGACUGGAUUCCAUCCAUCCAGAGGUAUCACCUGCACUCAAAGCCAAGAAAAACCUGGAGGUAAAAGAAGAUCAUUGCAAUGGAUCCCCGUUCUCGCAGCCUACAAGUGUCUAAGGGGUCAAACUAUACAUGACAAUGGGAAUACAUGAGCACAUACCCAUCUCUUAAUAUUUUUUUGCAAAUGGAUACGGGGGAGGGAUAUGGAUUAGGACUUGGGGGGAGGAAAAGUUGUGAAUGGGAAAUAGCAUAGAGGGAAAGGGGUUAAGCCUCUUUCCCUUGGGGUUCUCAUCCCAUUCUCCACUCAAGUUGCCUUUGCACUAAUUUGAAAGAGAUGAAAGUGCAUUCGUGCAUCUCUGUUGCAUGUCUUGUUUGAUGCUAAGAAAGAAGCAAAGCUGGACAAAAUGUGAGUGCGAGAGAUAAUAGCUUGAGGCUGAUAUGCUGUUGGAUGUCCUUGGACAUACUGUUGAGGCAUAUACAUCUUAUGAACUGGAUGAAAUCUGAGAAGGUUAAAGAAUCUCUCUGUACAUUUUCAAGGGCCACACCAUUUGUCCUCGGGUAUAAAGUCAGUUCCAAAGAACUAUAAAAGAGUAACCUGGUUUAUUGUUGCGUACAGUGAGUUAAGAAGUCCAGACAGUAGUCAUACAGAAAAAAGGGUUUACCAUUGUCAAUGCACAUUUUUAAAAGUGAGGAGACAAGAUGGUAGUUGGAUGCAGAUGACAGCAAAACGUUUGGAUGCUGAGCACAUAGUACAGUCUUUAGGUCAAAGGCUCAAACUAACCUCUAGUGGCAAAGCUGAAAAUUGCAGUUGAAGCUCAAACUUGCAUUUUGUUGUUGAAAGAAGUGGGUUUCCUAAAUGUCAGGGCACUCUGUGGUUUUUCAUUUUCCUUUGAUGUACCUGAAAUACAUGUUUUCCUGCUAAAGUUAGACCCAAAGUCAGCAAGAUGUAAACAUAUAUUUUUUAGUCAUUUGCAAUGAAAUUCUGAAGGACCAACCACCAGUUUCAAACCUAGGUGUCUCUUUAUAUCACACUUGAAGUUUAAAUGAUGAAGACGGUGGCACCCAGGUUGAUAUUUGUUGUGCAGUUUAUUACCAAGAGUUGAGCACAUACAUGACAUCUAUUGAAUAUGUUUUGCAGUCAUUUUCUAGAAGGAGAUGGGAAGGGGGUGAGUUUUACAUGAAAGGUUACGCCUCAUUAAAGAGAUCCAUAUUUUUUUGCAACUGGUUCUGACAGAAGUGAAUGUAGUUUUCUUUCUCUCUCACUAACUUUACCAUUUUUGUGCCAUUCAUUCAUUCACCAAAAUGAGCUUAUUUUUUCUGCUCAUUUCUUUUAGCUGAGAUCAAACCUGCACCCCCCCAUCCAGUCCCAAUGAUCCUAGAGGCCAGCUGUUCCACCAUUCUGUCUUGUGGCUCACCCCAUUGUUCAGAACAGUUUUGCCUAAAAUAUAACAGGAUAUACGUGGGUGCAAUGGCACCAAUUCAUGAUCUUUUAAAAUUUUCCGAUAAAAAUCUGAGCCUGCUUAUGGAAAGCUUAGUAUUGGAUGAGGAACAAAACUGAACUGAUAAGAAAAGCAAGUGUCCUGGGGAGGAUACCUGUUUAUUCUCAAGGCAAGUCUGGGGCAUUUUGGGUGCAUGCAUGCCUUGUUGUGAGGAAAUUACAGAGGCUUGUACUUUCAGCUAUUUUACAGCCCAAUCCAUACUUAAGUGAUUGAAGGUAAUCCAAUUUAUUCUAAGUGGUGUUAAAUUGACUCAGAUCCUAGUAUUCAUUUUUAAUGGGUUGCAGUUCGAGCUGUUGGCAUCAUUCUCUCUUGAGGUUUGAAACCCUGCUUUAUUGCUAGAUGAUAAAACAGGGCAGGAUUUGAUCCUUUAGAAAUGCUGCUUGAUGCUGCUCCAUCUAGCUCAAUGGUAAUGUCUUUUUUUCUUUUGACAAUCUGUGCUUUUAUGUUGCACAUCUUGCCUGGGAUCUUUGCCCAUCAUUGCACUUCCCACAAUUACAAACAUCCAAAUGGAAUGUAAAGUAGACAUCAGUGUGCUGUUCUGUCAUUGUACACCAACAAAUGAAGUUUGCAUGUGUGGUUGUUAAGAGUUCAGUUCUGUCUGCUCAGGUAUAAGAUUUGACUCUCCUGUAAAUGCACAGCUAUAGAUGGCAAUGCACACGUCUUCGGUGUAUUUUGUUUGCUUCCCCCACCCCUGGAAUCAUUAAAGUUAU